CUUUCACAAAGAGAACAUCAGUGCAGAAAAUGUGCACCUCCACUGCCAUAUCAUUACCCUGAGCUAACCCAGCACCCUUGUUUUCCAUUGCCUCUGACCUGUGGUUCUUGUGUUUUUUUUAAAGCAUGGAGAAGACACGCAGUGCCUAUUGAAGAAGGGAACGUGGUUCUGGAUCCAGACACAGCCCACUGUGAGCUUGUUGUGUCUGACAAUGGCAAAAGUGUGACACGAGGUGACCCACGAGAGGACAUCCCUGACACCCCCAACAGAUUUGAUGUGUGGCGCUGCCUUCUGGGCCGUGACGGCUUCACCUCGGGGAGACACUACUGGGAGGUGGAGGUGGAGGAGGAUACAGGAACAUGGGCUGUGGGGGUCUCUAGAGAAGAUGGGAAAAGGAAGGGUUGUUUUAGGUUUAAACCAGAGGAAGGCCUCUGGGCAGUGGAGAUACAGGGACUGUUCUUGAUAGCUUUCACCUCCUCUGAUUCCACUGAAUUUCCUGAAAUCCAGGCUCCCAGGCGGAUCAGGGUCUCUCUGGAUUAUGAAGGGGGACGGGUGUCAUUUUUCAGUGUUGAUGACGAGACUCCCAUCUCCACAUUUUCACAGGCAUCAUUUGGGGGGGAAAAAGUCUACCCUUGGGUCUGGGUGGAUCAUGGAACAUGUUUGAAAAUAUGUCCCUGAUGAACAGGAAGGAGUACAAUAAGGCUUUUUUAGGGGACCUGGAGAGUUCAGACUUACAGAAAGAUUGAGGUUGGAAGGAACGUGUGGAGGUUUCUGUGGCAACCACUUGCUCAGAGCAGGGCUGACCUCAGGGCUGCCUUCGGUGUUCUUGGACCUUGUUCAUCUGAGUGUUUCAGGGUCUCCAAGGGCAGAGGUCUCAUUACCUCUCUGGACCUCUGUCCAACACUGCAUUUCU